AUGGAAGACCAGAAUUCUGUAUUCGUUCGACUGUAUCCUUAUGAGGACAGCAAGGGAUUUGCCCUGGAGGCAAUCAAAGCUUGUUCACGAUACCAGCCGUCAAAGGUAGUACCGCGAGAACGCCAAAUCUACAUACAGGAUGACAGAGACGACACACCGCCACCAGAAGAUGAGGCGAGCCUCGACGAGUUGCCAUACAUAGAGCUCCGCUUCCACGAUGUCCCUUGCGCCCCGGGAGGGCUCAUCUUUGGAACCGAGCCGGGCCCAGAUGGAGUUGUGCUCCCAGGUCUACCUGGCGUUGACGAGCACCAUUUUGCUCUGACGUUUGCGAAUUCGUUCGAGGACAGACAUCACCGCCUCAUCGUACGCGACCUAGACUCCGAGACCGGCACCUGUGUCACAUAUGACGAGCAGGGAGGGGAGCCGCGUAGGGCAUUUGCCUGGACCAUGAACGGCUUCGACCUGCCUGACCAUGCCAAGUGCAUUGUUGUGCGGCUGCAUCGAUACCUCAACUUCCAGGUUGUCGUCACACGCCACGACAUUGCCUCGGCGGAUUACCAAGCCAAUGCCGAGCGUUUCCGCCGAGGAUGCACGGCCCCCGGUAGAAAUGACACUCACCUCGCCGAUCAGAGCGAAAGCCACCCCGUCGUUGAUCGUCCUAUGGUCCUUAACAUGGGAUGGCUGGCACAGGGUGCCUUUGGGGCCGUGAGCCGUCACUGGGAUGUCAGCACGGGCGAGGAAUACGCCUGCAAACGACCUCUAGGACGCGGAUACGAUCAAAGAGCCUGGGAAAAGGAGAUCAACAAUCUCCGGACCAUCUCACACGCUCACAUCGUGCGGCUGUGUUUUGCGCGAACAGAGCCGACCCCAGCCAUAUUUCUGGAAUAUCUGAAGUUUGGAAACCUCGCUGACCAGCAUCAAAAGACGCCGUUCUCGCACGGCGAGUGUCUGGUCGUACUGCAGCAAAGCCUGUCUGCUUUGUCGUAUCUCCACCAGCGGGCACUACCCAUGGCACAUCGCGAUAUCAAACCGGAGAACAUUCUGGUCAAACACCGCAAUCACAACGGCGACCCCAGCUACCUCUAUGUCAAACUAUCCGAUUUCGGCCUUUCCAAGGACAGCACGCUCAAGACAUACUGCGGUACACGAGCCUACCUUCCGCCAGAAGUGCGCAGAGAUGCAGAAACUUACACCAAGGCCGUUGACGUCUGGUCACUGGGGGUCGUUCUGUUGCGCUUCGCAUACGGCCUUCCGCAGUCGGGCACCGGUGAAGGACUGGAGUGGUGCAAAGCUAUCGUCAGAGAGGUGAACCGCCUCGAGCCUGGAGGCUUGGCCGGGAUCCUGCAGCACAUGUUGGUCAUGGAGCCGCAGACACGCUUCUCGGCCACUGCCUGUCUCGAAGAGGUGUCAAUGCUCCUCUUAUCGCCCCAAGGAUCAGCAGCUUCUCCGCAUCUGAAGUUUCUGUCUCUUGCAGAUGCCGGCAUUGACGCCGCAAUACGACACAUGACGAUGGCACCACCAUUGGAUCACAUCUACUUUCCGCCCCUGGAAGAGCUCUUGGAAGGAGAGACAGUGCUGCUAUCAUGGAAGCUGGUGGCAUCAGCGCUUUCUGAUGCGUCGAGCGACCGGCUGACGACCGAUGCGGUGACGGAGCUGCUGACGGAACCGUUUGUGCUGGAGCUGCUCAAGUGGCCCGGAAAGGCGUUUGAGAAGCCGACGGCCCAGACGGCAGCGGCACUCGAGACGAAGACGGCGGCGAUUAACGUGACGCCAACGCCCAACGAAAAAUACGACAUCAAGGCGAUCAAGGCGGACGCACUCUGGUUGAGCAGGGCAGCAAGCAUCAACGAGGUGACGGCGCUGCGGAUGGUGGUGACGGAGCUGCAGGCGCGGUCAGAGGAGUUCCUGGCAGCUCCUCUGUCAUCACAGGACGUCACGAACAUACAAAAGGCAGCGGCGGGCGGCGUGACGUCGGUACUGCAAGCAACGCUCGAUGCUGAGGACCUGUGGACGGAGUUCAACAGGCAGGACAGCCGGCGACGACGUCUCCUGGCGACGUAUCUAUCGGAGCGGCGGUACUUUGCAAUGUCGGCAGACUACAUCACAUCGCUCAUCAUGCACGGGGCGACGACGACGACGACAAUAACAGCAGCGGUGGAGGAUCUCCGGAGCGCGUUGGCACAAGGUUUGCUCGGCACAGGCAAGGAGGCGGAGCCGGAUGCGCGGGCGAUGGUCGCACAGCUGCCUGCAUAUAUCGAGGAGCUGCGCAGCUGCAUGCAGCGGGCAGAAGAGGGCAUCGAGGGGACCGUGAAGCAGGCGGAGGAGAUCCUGACAGAGGAACUAGCGCUGGAGUGGGUGCAGACGGCGCUGACGGAGGCUGUGCACUACAUGUCGGUGAUCUUUAUGGGACUGCAGAGCUCGCGAGAGCUGUUCCUGCCAGCAUCGCUGGCGGCCGACUGGUUCCAGUUUGUGGGCGACUACGGAUUCCUGGACGGGCUGACAGGCGGCGACAAGGCGAUGUCAGAGCUCAUUCUGCCAUUGAAGACGCUGGCGUGUGUUAACUCGCUGGUGGUGCUGAACGUGAACCGGGCGAUCGGAUACCUGGACCACGACGUGGAUCUGGACGGCGAGGAGGAGCCGUACGUGAACAGCGCGGAGGUGCUGGAGGUGAUGCACGCGGCGAUUGUGGGUGCGGCAGACUCGGGGCUGGCGACAGCGAGCCCGGUGUUUCUGUCGUGGUCACUGAUCCUGCACCGGAUGGACGUGUCGUACCAGGAGCGAGCGGAGCGGCGAGACCUGACGCAGAACCAGCGGGCACAGGACAGCUUCGAGCUAGACAAGCAGGUGCCGUCAUUUGCGGCGCAAGCGCUGCAGCCGCGAGGACGCCGGAGCUCGGUGGGCAGCAUCGUAUCGAUCGAGGCGGCACGGUACGACGGGUUUCUGAGCGAAUUUGUGCUGGGGUCAGCCUCGGAGCCGGGCGAGGCGAUGGUGCCACGACUGGCAAUGACGGCGACAGAGCAGUGCCAGGUAUACGAGGUGAUGAGUGCGAUGGCAGGCAGCGCGGGUGUAGGAGUGGAGGCGGCUUUCCGGGGCGUGCUGGGAGCGCAGAUGCGGGUGGUAUUCCUGGAAGUGCUGAAGGCGAGCUUCCCGAUCGUGGGAUACCAGUCGGAACCGGUGAGCGCGCUGGUGGCGGUGCUGUCAGGCGGCGCGGAGGCAUGGGAACGGACGGAGAGACGACAGACGAGGAGGGACGAGGACGAGAUGGUGGCGUCGGCAGUGCUGCAGGACGGGCAGCUGUUGCAGUUCUACGUGCAGAACGCGCUGGGACGGUUUCCAUACGAGUUUGCACCGUUUGUGUCGAUCAGCCGGCUGCUGUCGGCAGGCGAUGGCCCGGACAUCACGGACAUUGUGAUGGAGUAUCUGCUGCAGACGCCCAGCCUGACAUUCAGCCUGCCGAACAGCUUUACGGGCUACGCGAUGAUCGGCGAGGACGAACACGCGACGGCGACGAUGCAGACGACAGAGGACAUGUUGCUGUUCCCGACAGGGACGUCGCGGCGGCCAGGAACAGCAACGACGAUGGUGAUCCCGGCCGGGACGUACGGGCGGUUCAUGAUCGACGGCAGCGGGAUCGUCAACAUGGACUACGGGCACUCGACGAUCGCGCUGCUGGGCAAGUGGCUGGACGCGAACGUGGCAGACCAGGUGGGCGAGCCGGUGCUGGGCGUGCUGGAACCAUGGGAGGCGGCAGAGGCGAUCGGGCUGCUGGUCGGACUGGUGCGAUCGGAAACGGGCAAGGCAGCACGGCAGACGACGACGCGACAGACAGACAACACGCGAGUGUCAGCAGCCGGACUGGCGGUGCUGCAGGAGGCGAGCCGAGACCUGGACGCAGCCAAGGACAUUGUGACGGUGGUAUGCGACACAGUGGACACGCUGAUCCAAGACGGGCCGGCAGAAACGGACUCGGGACGGUUGGCAGUGCUGGCGGCGUGCAUGGACUUCUUGGAGGCGAUCCUGGAGCUGUGUCCAGGGCGGGUGUGGUCCUACAUGGCGCGAUGCCAGCUGCUGAACACGGAGUCGCGGGCAGGACGUCUGUGCAUCCUGACGAGUGGAUCGGACGUGGUGGCAGAGCGGUUCAGCUUCUUGAUGGCGGCACUACGGUUCCUAUCAGGGCUGGUGGACGGGGCAGCGACGAGUGCGGUGCAGAGGAAGAUGGCCGGAGGGAGUGGAGGGAGUGGACGACACGUGCCGGACAGCAACAUCUGGCUGGGAGCAUCGGACAAGACGCUGGGGCAGGUGUGUCUGGCGGUGGCGCAGACGGUGGUGGACUUGCACGAGAACACCAGCACGUGGAAGUUUGCGACGGAGAUGCAGCGAUCGAGCGUGGUGGCAGCAGCGGUGGGAAUGCUGGGACGAAUGGUGGUGUACGCGUCGAGUCUGGCGGAAGGGGUGGACGGGCCAGAGAGUCGGCUGAUGGGCAGUUUGGAGGCGGGAGCAGCGUUUGUGGUGAGCAGCUUUGGGUCGACGGCGGCGUCGUCGUCGCUGCGCUUCCAGCCACUGUUGGCGACGCUGCUGGCAGGACUGGAGCAGUCGACGACGGCGACGCUCUACAAGCGAAGACGAGAGGGAAUGGAGGAGCGGACGGUGGCGGUGCUGAAGCUGGCAACGAGUCUGGUGGGCCACGGACAAGGGACGAGUCUGGGGGGUGGCCUGCAGGCACAGAUGUUCCAGAUCGCAUCGCUGCCGGCGCGUCUCUGUGGCUCAGCUUCGGGGACGAGCAGAUUGCGGCCGGCAGCCCUGGAGCUGCUGACGGAGCUGGUAGUCAGCGCGGCGACGCUGACGGCGACCACAGCCAGCGAGCCACCAUCGCUGCUGGGCUACCUGGGGCCACACGUGUCGCGGGCGUUUCUGGCCGUGCUGGCACGCAUGGACGGGCCGUUUGGCCGGGCAGCCGAGAGGGCACGCAUAUGGCGAUUCUUCUCGACCGUGCUGCGACAUCGGCAGCAGUGGAUGGCCAACUGUCUGCUGACGGGCAGGACGCCACGCGAAGCCUUGCGCGAGGGAGGAGAGAGAGGCGAGGCCGAAGGACCACGACUGCAGCUGUCGGCAGACUCGGUGCUGGCCAAGGCGAAGGGGGUGUUGAGGCGGAUGGGAGCGAGACAGACACAAACGAGCCCGAAGGGCGAGGAGAAAAAAGGCGAAGAGACAAAAGAGUUGCUGGCUGUUCUCGAUUUCUUCUCAGCCGCCCAAAACUAUUGGCCAUGGACGAUCUUUGCCGUGCGCAACAGCGACGGCGACCAUCUCGACGGAAUGCGGGCAUACGUGCGACAAUUGGCACCAGCAGCAGUGACGGCAAGGACAGACGCCGAAGCAGCCUUUGGCCAAGCACGCAUCGCGGCGUACGUGGCAGAGAUCUUUGCGAUGCAGCUGUACCACAUGCGACAGAUGGGCACAGAACAGGCUCUGGCACGUGACGUGGUGCAGGACGUGGACUACUACCUGCGCGAAGGCGUUGCCGUCGAGGGCUACAACACAUCGCUGCACACCAACUUUCAGCGCAACUUUGCACAGCGCUACGGCGGGCUCUCGCUAGACCAGCUAAAGCGGUCGCUAGUGCAGCCACGCGAUCUGGGCGGGCAGUUCUACUACGCGCUCGACCUGGCCGACUCGAUGCUCAGCUUUGACGGGGGAUGGGGGGGUGAGAAGGGACGAAACGGCAAGAAUAGAGGAUUCCGGCUGGAGAUGGAAAUGGCCAAUUGCAACCUCUCGCUGGUGGACGCGCAGAUUGCACUGUACCACGCCUGGGAAGUGCUGCUGCUAGAACUGAGCGUGUGUCUGUUGCCGAAGCAGAAGGACCAGCGGCUGCCAGUCGUGAUGUUGCAGGUGGCCGAGCAGUGUUUGACAGCCAAUGGGAGUGGAGGAGGAGGAGGCGACAUCUUUGGACGGCUAGCCCAAGGGCGGGCCAACCUGGCACUACUACUACUACAACGACUGGCCGAACACGGACUGCUGCCAGCUGACGGAUCGUCGCUGCUGCUGGCCGUGUGGACGAGCAUCAGCAGCGUGGAAGCGCCAUGGUCGAUGGAGCAGGCGACCUACUAUCGGACACUCUUGCGGAUUCUAUAUGUCGUCUUGCGCGGACAGAGGAGGGAGGGUGCCGAUGACGGCAAGACGACGAACAGCGACGCCAACGACAUCUCGACAACACAGACCGUGCUGACGAUCCUGGACCGCGUCGUUGCGGCCGGUUUCCGCACGCUGGUCGGCCAGGUGCACGACGUCGAGGCCGAGCCGCGACCUGACGACAUGGCCCUGCUGACGGCCGUGCUGCAGGCCUGUCUCUGUGUGCCGGGCAUCGGCCAGUGUCACGCCCAGGUGCUCAACAUCAUGGCCGCCCACGACGUCCUGCGCGCGGCCGAGUCGCUCUUUUCCUGGUCCGAUCGGGUGGGCGGUGGAGGUGAUCCCGUCUACGGCGAGCUCAGCCUCUUGUUUCUGCUCGAGCUGUCGGCCCUGCCGGUCGUGGCCGAGCAGCUGGCCUGUGACGGCUUUCUCGGCCAUUUUGUCGCCGCCGGCCUGGCCACCCACAUGCGUCGUCCCGGCGUCGAGCCCAUGGCCGAUGUUCCGGCAGCGCAGCGCUGCUACGGCAUCUGGGCCAAGGCCGUCCUGCCGCUGCUGCUCAACGUGUUGGUGGCGCUGGGUGCCAGCAUCGCGCCCGAGGUUGCCUACGUGCUGAACCAGUUCCCCAGCCUGCUGGAGGGGAGCGUGCAGCGGUUCGAGGUGGGCGAGGAGAGGAUGGGACAGAAAAGCACCGCCAGGGACAGCCUCACCCUUCUGGCCGUGUCCGAGAUCCAUUCGCUCGCCUUGCUGACACAGGUGCUCGCGGCCCUGCGGGUCAACCAUGCGCGCGACAUCCCGGCCGUCGGCUGGGAUGCGGCGCCCGUGCGCGAGAGCGUCGACUUUUGGCUGGCACGGCCUAAAUUGCUGCGCGAACGGCUGGUGCCGCUGGGCGGACGCGAGUCUGAGUGGCGGACGCUGGAACCGGUGCAGGCUGGAGGGCCGGCGGAGAACCGGCUGGAGGAGAAGCAAUAUACGAUUAAGACGACAGACUAA